AUGCGCAGUCUCGAAGACGCGUCCGCAAGCUGGCAAGAACUGAAGCAAUACAGGACUCUAUCUGACCUUCGACAAGCAACUCGCGUAACAGACACUCUCCCAUCACAUAUCGCUGGCGCCGGACUUCGCUCUGCUGCCUGGAAAUCAUUCCUUCUGUUUGACUCUGUCGACACGGCAGAAUGGCCCAAAGUCCUUGCCGCUUCCCGCUCAGCAUACGAGUCACUACGUACUCACUUCCUCCGCCACCUCGACAACCCGGAUGAGUAUGGCGGUGGCGACGACAGCGAGACCCAAGCAAACCCGACCCUGGAAAAUGAUACGGCAUUAUUAGCAGAGAUCCGCCAAGACGUCGACCGCUGCAUGCCGGAGAACCACUACUUCCUCCAGCCCCCCACCCAACAAAAACUCCUCGACAUCCUCUUCGUCUGGUCCAAACUCAACCAAGACGUCUCCUACCGCCAAGGAAUGCACGAACUCCUCGCCCCGAUCCUCUGGGUCGUGGACCGCGACGCCAUCGAUCUAGGCCAGAGCAGUAAAGUGCAUGGUGAGGAUGCGACCGUCCGCGUCGUCUUCGAUGCUGAGAAUGUGGAGCAUGAUGCCUUUGCCCUUUUCAGUAGGGUCAUGCAAAGUGCCAAGGGUUUCUAUGAGGGGACGACGCAUCAGGCUGGUGAGAACCCGAUUGUGGUGAGGAGUCGGAGGAUCUUUGAGGAGAUGCUACCGCAGAUUGAUUCGGAGUUGGCGGCUCAUCUUCAUCGGAUAGAGAUUGUGCCGCAGGUGUUUCUUAUUCGCUGGAUUAGGUUGCUCUUUGGUCGGGAGUUUGGUUUUGACGAUCUGCUUGCUUUGUGGGAUGCUCUGUUCGCGAACGAUACGACGCUGGAAUUGGUCAACCAUAUUUGUAUAGCGAUGCUUCUACGUCUACGCUGGGAGCUCUUGGCAGCGGACUACAAUUCGGCUCUGGCACUACUACUCCGCUAUCCGUCGUCACCGGCACGGGAUCACCCUCCACAGACUCUAGUCCACGAUGCCCUCUACCUUCGCGACCAUCCCAAUUACGAUGGAGCUGCGUAUCUUGUACUCAAAUACACUGGUCGUCCACUUCAAUCGCUCAAUCGCGCACUUACGCCACCAGCACUACAAAGAAACAUUACAGCAUUCUCCGGCAUUUCCACCUUAGGAUCCGGACCCAUCUCGCCAAUUCGCCAACGAAACAAACAUCUUCAACGCCCCUCCUCGGCUUCAAACCGUCAGCAAUCAGGCCUCGAGGUCAUGCUAUCCUCCACAGCCCGCGAUAUCUACGCACGCGGCACUAAGACUGUUCGUAGUGCUGUGGACGAAGUACAUAAGCGUGCGCAAGAGAUCAGGGACGUACAGACACCUUCUUUGCCUCCUCGCGGUACUCCAGGCAGGGAAGUAGGACCAGAGCAACUGCUGAAGAGGGUCGCAGCGCUGGAGAAGCGGAACAAGCAGUUGGGUAAGCUGCUCGAGGGUGCUGUGGGAGAAUUGUGGGAGUUUCAGAGGUUCGUUGCCGAGAAAGACGAUGGUCUGAAUAGUGGAAGUGGCGAUGAGAAGAAGGAGGGCAUUGAAGCUGAUCUGGAGAGGUUGAGCGUGGCUGUCGCUAAAGUGCAGUUCGUGCAGGUCUAUCUUGAGGAUGCUAGUUUGCCUCUACCUGUGGACGAGGAAGGUGUUGCCGCUGCGGAGCACAUGCCGGCGAUGUCCCAGAUUGAGGCCACUAUACCUGCCCAGGACUACGCUCCCCAAGAGAAGGAGGUGGAAACUAUAAUGCACCCGCAGAGCAAGACACUAGCCGAUCCUGACUCCUUCGAGGAAAUGGACUCGGGAUCCGCGACGCCUGCGCGACAGCCACAACCACAGGGUGGAGAAGUCCCGAGAAUCACUGUUGGUGGUAGUGAUGAAAGUGAUGCGGCAAAGGGUCCACGUCAGGACUCGAUUCCUGUUGGAGUCACUGCCGCACACGAGCGAUCGACCCUGGCUGAAGGCUCAUACUCGUGGAUGCUUGGCGAGUCGGAGACGAAAGCCAAUGCCACGAGGCCGACGCAUAGUCCAGGAAUGGAGACGACUGUACCAGCUACGCCGGAACGAAGACCGCAAGCUAAAGGUUUCCUGUUCGGCGAAAAGGAGGGCGGAAGCGGGGAUGGCGAUGCUGACGAUGAGGAUGGGGGCGGAAGUGUUCGCGGUAAUGAGAGCGAGGGCCUCAGCGAACCCCCGCCGACACUCGUCGUGGCGCGAUCAAGGAGGAACCCUGGUAAAGGUAGGAAGGUGUUGGCUGCGAAGGAGAGGCUUGGGGAUGGGGAUGAUGUUUUUCGAUGA